CUUAGAAGAACUAACGUGAAUCAAUAACAAAACAAUCUCAUAUUGCGUCCCAACAAAAUUGUGAACUAUUUAUUAUUUACCAACGCAGGUUGGAGGUGUAGCGAAAACAGGCAAUAAAAAUGCAAUACGACAGGGAAAGUUUUUUACAAUCUCGCUCCAAGAACGCCAGAUACAACCGGCCACUCGAGAGCGAUGCCGAUGAACUCGACAACUUGUUCAACAAGAAGUUCAAAUUCCGCUUCAGCAGCGAGUGGAGGCUGCCCGACGCCGGCGCGUGGUUCGCCGAGCCGCCGUGGACCGUGAAGGAGCUGAGCACGCUCAAGUCGCGUCUGAACUUCCACAAGAGCCAGCUGAAUGACUUCAACAUCGAGGAGUGGAGCGCGCACACGCGGCGCCGCAACCCCGCCGGCGACGUGAGCUGGCGGAUCCGCUCGCAGAUCAACCCCGAGUUCCUCACGCAAGCCUGGACCAAGUUCUAUGAGUGUGCCUACACAUACAACAUCAUAGCUGAAAAAGCCAAGUCGAGCAGAAAAAUGGUGUCAUUGCACUUGUGUGAGGCGCCUGGCGCCUUCAUCGCAUCCUUGAAUCAUUACUUGAAGAGUCACUAUCCAAAUAUUGAGUGGCAAUGGAUCGCAAGCACUCUGAAUCCGUACUACGAGGGCAACUCUCCAUCCAACAUGAUCAGUGAUGAUCGCUUCAUGUUCCACACGCUGGAUCACUGGGAGUUCGGCCGCGACAACACCGGCAACCUCAUGGACUGGGAAAACUCACAGUCCAUCAUCAGGAGAGCUAAGGAACUUGGUGAAGUGUUGCUGGUGACUGCAGAUGGCUCCAUAGACUGUCUGCAGAAGCCGGAUGCACAGGAGGAGGUGACUUCUCCACUGCACUACUGCGAGAUAGUCACAGCCCUGCAGGCACUCAGUGAAGGUGGAACCCUAAUAUUCAAGCUGUUCACGUUGUUCGAGCACUCCACGGUGAGCCUGAUGUACUUGAUCAACCACCUGUUCGAGGAAGUGAACAUCUACAAGCCGGUGACGUCACGGCAGGGCAACUCGGAGGUCUACGCCGUCUGCCUCAAGUACCGGGGCAGCGGAAACCUGCAACCCUACCUGCCAGUGCUGCGGUCCGGCUAUGGCAGUGACCUGUAUUGUGAAAAGUCAUUGUUUUCAUUGCAACACAUACCGCAAGACUUCCUGAAGCAGAUAGAGGAGUGUGCGUACUACUUCUGCUCCAUCCAGUGCCAGGUCAUCAACAACAACCUGCAGGCGUACCUCACGCGGAACAGCAUAGCGUUCCAGGUGGACGUCAAGAAGAUAAAGAGCUGGGUGGCGACUGCGUUCCUAGCGCAGUACGAGCUGAGGCCCCUGCCGUGUGACCAGGAGAUCAUGCGGGGCGCACUGCAUCAGGAGGACCACAAGUUGAACACCAACCCGCGCUACCACCGGGGCUCCUACUCCGAGCGACAGUCGUACACUGGAAUGACGUUGAAGGAGAAGUGUAAAAACUUGGGAUCGUUCCUACAUACAGACAUAUUUCUCAAGCCAGAGAUCUUUAUUAACGAGCCGGUGCGGUGGGUGGAGAUGUAUGAGGGUGGCGCGGAUCUACCGCUCGCGUUCACCUACGGGAAGCCGCUGCAAGCGGUGAACAGCUCCAAGUUUAUAUUUGUGCCGAUUUACAAGCUGUAUCUCCAGAUUAUGGGCGAGCCGGAGUUCAAAGAUACAGUAGUGAGCCACGACAGCAGAAUGGAUACUUGCACAGACUUGGCAUAUUUGCAGUGCGAUACUGAGGACUGGAGGGUUCUCUCGUUCCCAGUGCUUAAUCUUGAUGAAGACUAUGCGACGUAUGAAAAAAAGUGUUUCGCCACGCUUCUUGAGAACCUAGAACAACUGUCUGCUGGAGAUUCCUUGUUUUUGAGAAAUUUUAACACAUUGACUCAUUUUAAUAUAAGUGUGUUGUUUAUUUUGUGUAAGAAAUGCUUUGAGAAGCUAGGCCUCACUUCGGACAAUGGAAUAGUACUCCAUAAUUUAGUGAACAAAAAUGCAUGUUCUGUGUAUUUAAAUAAGAUAAAGAACGAAUGUGAUUCCGUGAGGUCUGACGCCAAGGACGUGUUGAGCGCGCUGCCGGUACAGAUAACCAACUCCGAACAAUUCUUUAACAAUAUUGUGUUCUACAACAACACAUUCUAUAGAAACAAAUGUGUGAAAUAUCUGUGCGCUAUCGAGCAACGAAUAAACUAAAUAUAAGUGAUAAUUUUAAUAAAAUGAAAAUAUUUAUGGAAUCCAUUA